UUGUACUACAUAUAAAUUAUUAAGUAUUAAUUCAAAAUGCCCUCAAGUAGUAAUACCUGUAGGGUAUUUUUUUUGUACUGUUCUAAAAUGAUUUUAUUCACUGUUUUGAGAAGACAUACAGUAAUGACCUGUCUCCAGUCUGUGCUGUUGAGGCGUGUCUUCUCUGUCUUAGCUCCAAAGUAUUUAAAGGCAGCCCAAACAUGCAGCAGGGAACAGAAGAUUUAUUCCUUCCGUGUGCGCUGACAAUUGACUGAUUGAUGUGUCGUCUGUCAGGAUGCCUGUGGAAACACGGUCCCUGAGGGACCGCUCGGCAGUGGGUCGGUUUCCGACUGUCACUCUUGGAUUUGGAGAAGAUACCGACGAGGAAAAUGAACAACCAGAAGGAAACAACGUUCAAGAAGAAAAUCCAUGUAAGCUGUGGUUACGAAAGGUCUGCCCCUGCUGCCGCCCCAAACCUGAAGACGACAAGACAGAACCCUUGGUCCCAGGGCCGGAGGAGCCCAGCAAGGAGGAUGGGAUUGAUAAUGUGACACCUGUAACCGACAACAACGAGCUGGAUGAACUCCUUCUCAGGGUGCUCUCAAUAGACCUGAUGAAAAAGACGUCAGGAGAGAAUCGCAUCGAGCAUCACACGAACCUCUACCAGAGUGAAAACCUGAUCGUCCGCAGAGGGCAGACUUUCCAGAUGUGGAUCACCCUGUCCAGACCCUACGACCACAAAACUGACAAACUUCACCUUGAACUUAAAACAGGGAAACUGCCAACAGUGUCAAAGGGAACGCAUGUCAUCAUCCCCCUAGUGGACGAACUGGAAGAUGGCCGCUGGGAGGCUGUGAUAGAGAGGCAGGAUGAGAAGAGGCUGAAGCUGUCUGUGAACUCUCCACCUACAGCAUGCAUCGGCCAGUACCAGCUGACAGUGGAAACAACCUGCGCAAACGGCCAGUACAUUUCUGUGCACAACCCUGCAAAUGACAUCUUCAUGUUGUUCAACCCAUGGAGUGAAUAUGACACAGCGUUCUUGGACUCUGAAGAAGAAAGGCACGAGUACGUCCUGAACGACGUUGGCAGGAUCUACUAUGGUACGGAGAACCAGAUUGGGGCGAGGACCUGGAAUUAUGGACAGUUUGAUAAUGGAGUCCUUCCUGCCUCACUCUUUGUCCUGCACAACAGUGGAACUCCUCCAUCUGGUUGGGGAGACCCGGUUAAUGUGGUGCGAAUAAUCUCAGCGAUGAUUAACUCGCCCGACGACCGUGGAGUCCUGGAGGGAAACUGGUCGGGGAACUACUCAGGUGGGACGAGCCCGACAGUUUGGAGUGGAAGUGUGGAGAUCCUGAAGGAAUACCAUAAAAACAACGGUACUCCUGUGAAGUACGGUCAGUGCUGGGUGUUUGCAGGCACCGUCACUACAGUGUUACGGUGUCUUGGUAUCCCCAGUCGGGCUGUGACCAACUUCUGCUCAGCCCACGACACAGACAAGUCCUUGACCACAGACGUGUUCCUGGACGAAAACCUGGAUCCGAUAGAUCACCUCAAUACAGAUUCCAUCUGGAACUUCCACGUGUGGACGGACUGUUGGAUGGCUCGUGCAGAUUUGCCUCCUGGCUACGGAGGCUGGCAAGCUGUGGAUGCGACGCCUCAGGAGACCAGCCAGGGCACUUUCUGCUGUGGACCGGCGUCUCUUGUCGCUGUCCGCAACGGUCAGGUCUACCUGAAACACGACUGUCCCUUUGUGUUUGCAGAGGUAAACAGUGAUAAAAUCUACUGGCAGAGGAACAUCGAUGGAACCUUCAGCCAGAUCUACAGUGAGAAGAAGAAGGUGGGCCACAAGAUCAGCACCAAGGCUGUUGGUUCUGAGGAACGCAGUGACAUCACUCACUUGUACAAACACCCUGAAGGCACAGACGAGGAACGUAUCGCUGUGGAAACAGCAUGUCGCUAUGGCACCAAGGCAGAGGCUUAUUCAUCUCCCACGGCAGAGGACGUCUCUGUAGAAGUGACCAUGAAUGGUGAAGGACCCACCAUGGGAAUGGACGCUGACUUGACCAUCACACUACGGAACAGCAGCUCAGAGACGCGCUCCAUCAACCUCCACAGCCAGGCGGAGGUCAUGUACUACACUGGUGUCCACAAGGCCACCAUCAGAAAAGACAAGACAGACAUUGACCUGGUACCCAAUGAGGUUAAGGUUUUGGACUGGGCCUUGGAAUACAAGGACUACAAGGACAAUCUCAUCGAUCAGGCCGCACUGAUGCUGACACUGUCGGGCAGAGUCAGAGAAACACAGCAGGUCCUGGCCACGCAGUUUAGUUUUCGACUCAAGACCCCCAACCUCAUCCUAAAGCCAGUAGGAAGGGCUGUAGUCCACGAGAAGAUGGCAGUGAACAUCUCCUUCACGAACCCACUACCGGUGUUGCUGAAAGGUGUGAUAUUCCACCUGGAAGGACUCGGCCUCGUCGACGGUCGAAAGAUUACCUACGGAGACAUCGGCAGCCAUGCCUCUGUGUCUCUCACUGAGCACAUCGUCCCCACCUUGUCUGGUCCAAGGAAACUGCUGGCGUCUCUGGACUGCAGGCAGAUCACUCAGGUUCACGGUGUAACUGACAUCACGGUGAAUGAAAAGAGCGCCGGUGCGACAUGGAACUAAACUGAACGCCGUGGUUUCUUUGUCAGACGGACUGUGAAUAUUUUACAAAUUAGGAAAGUUUGAUGUUGCCUUUUUUUAAAGAGACACAGACAGUUAUUUUAGCCUCUUUUUACAGAAAGUAACCUGUAUGUUUGAACAUUCCACAGUGUUUACAGCAGGGGUUUGUUUUGCUCCAAAAUCAAUGAAGUAUGUGAAAUACACACUGUAUUUGAAAGAUUACUUUUGUACAUAAACUCUUCUAGAAUUGUUUAUUUAUUUAUGUUUAAAUGGCCCUAAUAAGGUCUAACCUAAAUUUUUUUUAUUUGUUGAAUAUAAUAAAAUACUAAAUACUACU